CAAACCCCCGCGGGGAUGUGAUUGUUAAAACACCUCCCGGACGAGUUGCUAACACCGCCAUCCAAACUCCACGAUGCAAACCACCUCUCCCGCAGUAAUCUAUAACUUGGGAACGGUGCGUCCCGCUUCCACAAUCCCGAUGCAAGUAGACAACCAUGACAUCAAUUCUCCAUUUGUCAUAUCGAGCGGGGCCUAUCCUGCGACUACAAAACCCUCUGCUCUCCCGCAUCUGUCCCAGGGCAACACCAACACCCUCCACGACCGGAUCCUUUCUCCAAGCAUCUAGAUACCUUCGCACCAUGGCCGGAAUCACCAUCCCCACCACCCAAGCAGCCAUUCAAAUCUCCCGCACGGGCGGGCCUGAAGUCCUUGAAUACCACACCUCCCUGCCCGUCCCCACCCCUGGCCCAGGCGAAGUCCUGAUCAAAAACAAUCUCUCCGGCGUAAACUACAUUGACACAUACUUCCGCACGGGGCUCUACCAGUCCCCCAAGCCCGAAAUACUCGGCCGCGAAGGAGCAGGGAUCAUCGUGGCGCUCGGUUCCGGACCCAACCCGCAGGGCUUCAAGGUCGGCGAUCGCGUUGCCUGGCUGAACACAGGUGGCUAUGCAGAGUACUCCGUGGCUCAGGCGGAGAAGAGGGUGGUGAGGAUCCCUGAGGGAAUCUCCGAUGAGCAGGCGCUCUCUGUGUUGUUGAGCGGGAUCACAACGCUUUCGUUGGUGAAGGAGGCGUAUCCUGUGCAGAAGGGUGAUUGGAUCUUGGUGCAUGCUGCGGCGGGGGGUGCGGGAUUUCUCAUGACGCAGAUGCUGAAGGAUAUUGGGGCCAAGGUCAUUGGGACGGCGGGCGGGCCGGAGAAAGCGGAGCUGGUGAAGAGCUUGGGUGCGGAUGUGGUGAUCGACUAUAAGUCUCCCGAGGGAGCUAAUUGGCUUGGGAAAGUCAUGGAGGUCACUGGUGGUGAGGGUGUCGCGGCGGUUUAUGAUUCGGUGGGCAAGGAUACGUGGGAGGACAGCAUCAAAGCCGUUAAGCGCAAGGGAACCAUGGUGUUCUUUGGCAAUGCGAGUGGCCCUGUUCCUCCAUUAAAUAUCCAGCUCCUCUCUGCAAAGAAUAUCAAGGUUCUCCGCACCUCUCUAUUCGGCUACAUCGCUACCCAGGAGGAAUUCGACUAUUAUACGAAUGAGCUUUUCAACAUGGUCAAAUCCGGAAAGUUGAAAACUAGACUUCACAAGAUCUACCCCUUGGAGCAGGCUGCUCAAGCACAUAUUGAUCUUGAAGGCCGAAAAACGACCGGCAAACUUCUCUUGAGGCCGUAAUCCAUGGUUAUUUUGGCCGCGUGCUUAACAAGCAAGCAAAAAAUAAAAAAAGAAAGGAUAAAGGAUAAUAACGUAUGGAACCAAGUUCAAUAGAAACUGAUUCACUUUAUGAUUCUGGUGCAUACAUAAAGGAUUGAUAAUACCGAUGUAUGUAUUAAGUACGACGUACCGAUAGGCUAAAUGACUCAAGUUUUAAGCCAUCUGCAAUUCGAAUGUUCUCUUUCCCGGUGACUCUCUUCCUCGAUAUCCGGAGCAUUCAUCGAAACCACAUGAGGUGAGUGACACAGGAAUAAUGUUGCCCCAUUAUUCCACUUCAUCCUCCGCUACCGCAGUUUCUUCCCUAUCUUCCUUAGAAUCACAGGGCGCCUCCCAGCAGAGGUGAUCAGGCCGGAUAUCUUUUGGUUCUUUCCACCCCAUCAUAGCUUCGUUUGGUAAGACGGUAUGAAACGCACAGUACAUCGCAAAGACAUUGUCAAAGUAAUGAAUGCCACUAUUAAGCUCACGCACAUGCGCCUCAAUUUUCAUGCCCACGAAAUAAAACUGGAGAAGGUUGUCCUCGAUGAAAAACUCAAACUCAGCCGGAUUUCCAGAUCCAUCUUCAGACAAAUACUUUGGAGACUCUCCCUUUGGAAGGUCUUCUGCUGGUAGCUCCGGAUUACGCCAUGCACGAGCUCGCAUUUUUGCAAGUGGGUUAAGAUCCGGUGCGUACUCACGGUAAAACUGUUUGAUUUCUGGACUGGCCGGGGUAAUCGAUAAUAUUUCGAAUCCAUCUUCAUGAACAAGCUUUGCUGAGAUUCUAUUGGCGUGCACAAGGUCGCGGAAACGCUCUGCUUGUUCGUAGGUGCCGGCACCCGCGAUGCCAAACUUGACAACUUUUCGUGCCGUCAUUCCAGGCAUGCCGGCGGAUUCUAGGCCUUUGCUCCAUUCAUGGUCACCUGUGUAGGCGCCAA